AUGAAUCCCAUACCAAAAUUAUUAUUUUCAGCAACUUUACUAGCGACGCUUUGUCUACAAUCUGCGUUUGCUGAUCAAAAAGCCAUGAAUCAUGCAGAAAUGGACAUGCUGCAAGAAACAGUGCCUAAAUUCAAUGAAUCCGAAACUGAACCGAUGUCCUAUGCAUUGUUCCCUGACAACAAAGGCUUAUUUUACUCUCAUGUAGCAUUUGUGACUAUUGGCUUCUGGUGUUUGAUGCCAAUGGGCAUCAUGCUUGGUGUAGCAAAAUCUAGUUUGCAUGUGCCUAUUCAAAUUCUGACAGUUAUCUUUGCUAUGAUUGGUUUUUUCUUUGGCAAACUCUAUGGCCAUAGCGCUCCUCACCUGUAUCAAGGCAAUGUACAUCACUCUCUCGGCUGGGCUCUGUUUGCUUUGCUCAUCACCCAAGUUGUAGGCGGGCUUGUCCGCAAGAUCUCCAAUGCAAUUAAAAGCCAUGUUGCUGAAAGUGAUAGAUAUGAAACCAUCGGUCUCGUCAACCACCAAGGAUCAUCUUCUUCUCCAACUGGUUCAGGAAGAAGUAACAGUGUUACGUCUGAAUAUACACUGCAUAACAACCCUGACGACAUGUCUUUUGAAGAUGAAUCAAUGACUGAUGUUGAAACUGAAGUCCCUUUGUCUUACUCUUUGAAUGAAAAGUUGCCAUUGUUUAAGCGUAUAACAAAUGCUAUUUUACCCUUUGUUCCAAGUAUCGUCAAGAGAGGAUUUAAAAUUGCUGCAGAUAACAGAUUCACCAACACUGCUUGUCGUAUUUUUCAUCAAUCCUUGGGUCGUGUUUUUGUUUUGCUAGUUUUCACUCAAACUAUCAGUGGUAUGGUGGUGUAUCAUGGCGUUUGCCGUAAUUGGGAGAUCUUUGGCUGCAUUGCUCAUUUAAUCAAGGGUGGUAUUUUCUUUUGGUAUGGUAUUGUUACGUUUGCCAGAUAUCUUGGUUCUUUUGCAGAUAAAGGCUGGGCAUGGAACUAUGUCCCCCAUGGUAGCAAGUUUAGCUUCGAAAUGAUUGAAUGUUCUCUCAUCUUUUUCUACGGUAUCACGAAUACUUGGAUGGAACAUUUUGGGCAAGAUGACGCUUGGACUCAUAAAGAUUUGGAGCAUGCUAGUUUGGCUUUUAUGUUUUGGUGGGCUGGCUUACUUGGUAUUCUGAUUGAAAGUCGUACUGUUCGAAGAAUUCUCGAAAAGUCAAUGCCUCGCACUCCUUACGACGACAAUGAAGAGUUUGCGGUGGUCAGCAGUAACAAACAGCACGGUGCUAAGUGUUCCAAGAAGCAGGAGCCACAAACCAACUUCAAUCCUAUUCCUGCCUUGACUAUUUUGAUGACUGGGCUCUCUUUAGGAAACCACCAUCAAGAUACCCUCUACUCUAGCAGGGUACACUAUCUUUGGGGUUUGCUUAUCUCUGCUGCUGCCAUUUGUCGUAUCAUCACUUACAUUACCUUAUUCAAAAGUCCUCCCAAGAGCGGCAAACCUCUUCGUCCUCCAAGUGAAGCACUGGGUGCCUUUUUGUUAGUAUGUGGCUCUAUCUUGUUUAUGGCUUCGAACGCAGGCACCAUUUUAUGGCUCAGACGUAAUGCUGUUGAUUCAAUGUUCCUCCUGAAUGUUACAGUCUCUCUCACUGCUAUGGUGCUUUCAUACGUAGCUUUUCUUGUUGUUCUCAAAGCUUGGGCUGCAAACCGUGAGGCUAAAAAGAGAAGCAAGAAGUAUCAAGCUAUGAGCCGUCAAAGGUGUAGUUUGAAGCUGAGAAAGCAAUCUGGAAUCGACCAAGACGAAGAUGAACUAGAGGAGGAGCACCCACUCUCCCAUUAA